AUGACCAUCGAGCUCUGUGUCGACUGUCGGGAGCGUGACGCCAGUCUUCAUGUCAGAAACCGGCGCUUAUGUGCCGCCUGUUUCAUCCGAUAUGUUACUUCUAAAAUCUUAAAACGCAUGGAAUCCUAUCGAUUCAAAAAUCUCCGUGGAGAUCAAAAACGCCGGCUGUUUCUUCCCAUUUCUGGCGGAGUUUCUUCCUUCGUCCUGUUGCAAAUCCUCGAUGCCCAGCUGCAAAAACAAAUUGCAAACCGAAAUAGAACUGCGUACGACCUCGUUGUGGUACGUGUUAUGCUUCUAGACGAAGACAUCCAAGCGACAGUACGGAGCAGUUAUGAGGACGUGGCGCACAGAUUUCCUAUGCACGUGUUCCUUCCCCUGCUCGCUCUUCAUGACGUCUUACGUCUAGAUCGCAAUCUCGAACGGGAUCUCAAACAUAUCGGCAUUCAACGCAAGGAGGGUGAACCUGAUGAGAUUCUGACACGCCGGAUGCUAUCAUCCACUGCUUCUGUAGCCACGAGAACAGAACUACAAUCCAUUCUCCUGCAGCGCCUCUUGGUUUCAGCUGCCAAAGAACAAAAGUGUGAAAGCAUCCUUUGGGGUCACUCGGACAGUCGCUUGGCCGCUCUGGUACUUGCAGAUGUUGCUAAAGGUCGAGGUGGGUCGGUUCCUUCCACUAUCGCUGACGGUCUCUCUCCCCACGGUAUCAAUUUCAAUUAUCCUAUGCGCGACCUCUUCAAAACCGAACUUCAAACUUAUGCUCAAACUCUAUCGGAUCCUUUACUGCACGGAGUGGCGCAGAAUGACGACACUAGUAAACCUCCCUCUACCGUACGCAACACUUCGAUCGACAGCCUCCUAAAUACCUAUAUCACUUCUCAGGGCGAAAAAUAUCCAAGUCUCGUGGCGAACGUGGUGCGAACAGCAAGUAAGCUAGAACUCAAGAAUACAGGGGAUAAUGUGAUUGCUUGCCCUGUCUGCGCGAUGACAAAUACAACCAGCACCGGAAUGCCGAACUCGAAUUCGUCUCUUUGCUACGGAUGCCAGAGAAUGAAGCAGGAUAUCAGGUCAUAA